UCUGGAGCGGCUCCCAAAGCGGCCCCAGCAUGCAGUGCUCAAAGACCAAGGAAAAGCUGCAGGAGGCGGUGGAGCAGCGGCGGAAGGAGGUGCGCGCCGCCCUGGACAAACUCGAGGCCUCCCUCAGUGCCGGCGCCGAGUUACUGACGGAGGAGAGGCUGGCGAUCCUGGCGCUGCCGCCGGACAUCCUUCUGCACCGCCUGAAGGAGGGUCACCUGACACCCACGGCCGUCCUGCGGGCAUUCCAGGCCAAGGCGAUGGUUGUGACUUACCGCAUCAACUGCGUCACGGAAUUCAUCCCGCAAGCGGAGGACUGGGCCUCGGCGCUCGAGGAGGACCCGCACAGCCGCUCACUCCCGCUCUACGGCCUUCCGGUGAGCAUCAAGGAGAACUUCGAGGUGGAGGGCAUGGACACCACGCUGGGGCUGGCCAAGUACCUGUACCAGCCCGCCCCUCGCCACGCCGCCAUCGUGCAGGUGUUGCGGCUGCAGGGCGCCGUGCCCUUCUGCAAGACCAACGUGCCGCAGACCCUAAUCAGCUACCGCUGCAGCAACCCCGUUUGGGGCGAGACCCUGAACCCAGUCGACACCCAACGCACCUGCGGAGGAUCCUCAGGCGGCGAGGCGGCCCUCGUGGGCGGCGGAGGGUCGGUGCUGGGCGUGGGAUCCGACGUGGCCGGCAGCGUGCGCAUUCCUGCGCACUUCUGCGGCGUCGUGGCGAUCAAGCCCACCAGCGGGAGGGUGAGCAGCCGCGGCCUUGCCAAGUGCGUGCGGGGCGCCGUUGGAGUGGAGAGCGCCCCUGGCCUGCUGGGCCGCGACGUGGACAUCGUGGUGGCGGGGCUGCAGGCCGUCCUCGAGGGCGAGCACAUGCACAGCGUGGACCCGACGCUGCCGCCGCUCUCGUGGCGCGGCCACUUGUUCGCGGAGAACCGGCCUCUCCGCGUCGGUUGGUACGACCAUGACGAGGUAUUCCCCGUGACGCCUGGGUGCCGCCGUGCCGUCACGGAGGCACGGGAUGCGAUGGUGGCUGCGGGGCACACGCUCGUGCCCUUCACUCCAACGGGCGUCAGGAGGGCAUGGCGGCUGCUCACUGCCUGCUUCACGGCGGAUCAAGGACAGACCUCCGUCAGGCUACUGGAAAACGAGCAGCUGGACCAGGCGGUGGAGACCAACAGGCAGCUGAUGUCGGCGCCAAGGUUCGUGAGGGCCGUCGUAAGGCAGGUCGUCUCGAGGAAGUCCCCGCUCAUGGCCGACCUGCUGCGAAGCGACACGUCCUCCUCGUACCAGCUCUGGCGCGUUCUGGGAGAGAGGAAGGACUACAUCGACGACCUCCUGGAGGCGUGGAAGGCCAACCAGCUGGACGUCCUGCUAUGCCCCGCCUUCCCCAUGCCGGCGCCCAAGCCCUCCUACCCCACCAGGAUCAUGGCCGCGGCGGUGACGACGGCCCUGUACAACUACCUCGACUUCCCCGCCGGCGUCGUGCCCGUCACCCACGAGACGGAGGACGACCAGGCCAAGCUGGCGGAGUACCCGACGGACGACCUCAUGUUCGAGUUGGUGAAAGAGGCCACGGCAGAGGCAGUAGGCCUACCCAUCGGCGUGCAAAUGGUCGGCCUACCUUGGCAGGAGGAGGUGCUGUGCCGCGCCAUGAAGGCUCUCCAGGAUGCCCUCGCCAGCGCCAAGGAGGCAAAGUAAAGGACUGCUAUCCUCAGGGCUUACUGUAUCAUGGUGUUUUUAUUCAGUUUUCACGUCCAAUCGUUUGUACCAUUGAGUUGGUCUGGGGUUGAGGUGAGUGUUCUAGUAUAGUGACAUUUUCAUGACACCAUAGAUUACUGAAAUUUGAUAAGGUCAUGUUACCGUAGAUCACGUAAGUUUUACUUUGCUAAGCUUAUCCAUUUAUUCGCAUUUCUCACGACAUCAGAAUAUCUCCUCUUUAACUAAUAAAAAAAAGUAAACUCCGUUAAAUACAUGUGGUAUGUGUCGGGGCCGCUAUUUAACGAAGCCAGUAAUGGUUUCAGUGCAACACAUUGGUUCCGGCAUUGCAGCAGCAUACCCAGUCCAUUCUCACUCUUUCGGUACUAUAAAAGGAGCCUAUUGGUUCCAUCGCCUCUCGGUCGCGGGGUUUUAAGUCUUACCUCCGUGUUGCAACCACGUGAGCUCCGUGUUGUUACAGUAGCCUACCUACUGUGCGGUAGUGAAAUGUUCAGUGUGCCUUCGUGCUCAGUGUCUUACCUUAAUUCACAAGUGGCUCUCUUUUUGUGGUGUCUCGUGGCGCUAGAUUUGUUUGAAGUUGGGAUACACAGGUGCUCACGGAUGAACUGGAUUAUAUAUGUAUAUUAGUAAUUACUUGUUACAAUGUCUUAAGCAGUCGUGGGUAUAACCUCAGCAGUAAUAUCAUGAUAAAUACAAUAAUGGAACAGGCGAUGAUGACUUUAUGUUAGUGAACUCCGUGCAUUCAGUGUUGUGUGUAAAUUUCGUUAUAUAUAUUCCAAGAAACUGGUUGUAUCAAGUUCUAUGUUUGUAAAUGCACAUGAGGGUGGUGUUUGGGAGGGUUCUGCUUCACGAUGAAAUCUGGAUUUCAUAAAAAAUGAACAGUGCAUUUUUGGCCAAUGAAUGCUUCAAGGGAAGUUGAAUUGCUGACUUCUGAAAGAGGGAAACUUUUGAAGGAAAGACUGUAAAUUUCAUGGAAGAACUCAAGCUAAAAAUUCACCCGAUUUAUUUAAUAUUUUAUUAUAAUUGUCUACAUAUUGCUCAACUUAUGUGAUAAUGCCGCAUAUUUGAAAGUUACAGAAGGGAAAAUAUAUAUUAUUACCGCAUAUAUAUUUUUGAAUACUUUCAUAAUCAUUUGAAGUGUAACCGACCUCUAAGGAUAGCCUCCCUCAUAGUAGUCUUUGAAAGUAGUAUUCUCGUAUUUUUGUUUUCUACAAACAGGAUGAACUACUUUUAAAAGUUUUUCUAUGAUAACUAUAUUCACUUCAGUGACAGCCUACAGUGCACGGUAAAACUUUUGUAAGUAUAUGGAGUGAACACUUAAAAUAUGCAUAUUCAUUUAAAGAAAAUCUGCCGAAUCAUUCCACAAUGUAGCAGUCGGUGUAUUGUGGAUUAAGAAAAUCUUUGUACUAUUUUUCGUAUUAGCAAAUAUUUACU